AUGUCAUCCACGCCCACUCCCCUCGCUCCCUCGCCUCCGACCCAGGACGCCGCAAGUGUCUGUAGAGCGGCCAACGAUCCGGCAAGAAUCCCGUCUGCAAGCGCGCCCAGGCGCAGUCCGAAAUCGGCCGCUGCGGGGUCUGCGACGGCUGUCCCUGCCCCACCAUUCAAAUUCCGAGCACCGCUUCCCUCCGCCCAGCAGCAGCCAGAGACAAACACCUCAGCCAAAGCAGCCGGCCGCCCUGCGCCUCUGCGCCGCUUGACCGCUCCUCUCCCGACCGACAAGACAGCCGUGGCCGCCGCCAUGGGCCCCGCCUCUCCAGCCGCGGACAUGGCCAAGAUAUCCAUGACAUCGAAGGAAUGGGUCAUCCCUCCACGGCCCAAGCCGGGCCGCAAACCUGCCACAGAUACCCCUCCCACCAAACGAAAGGCGCAGAACCGGGCUGCCCAGCGUGCUUUCCGCGAGAGACGCGCCGCGCGCGUGGGCGAACUGGAGCAGCAACUCGAUGAAAUUAGAGAGGCUCAUCAGGCUGACGAGGACGAACUCAAGGACCAGAUCCAUGGCUUGGAGCUGGAUCUGCAAUCUUUCCGCUCGCGGUGCCUGCUUCUGGAGAGCAUGCUCGACCGUGAGCGUCAGGAACGCAUCCGUGCCGAGACCGAGGCCGAGGCUCUCAAACGGAGCCACGGUAAUGACUUGCUGCCGUCGCAAAACAUGAGCGCGCCUCGCCCCUCUCUGAAGCCGAGUCUUUACCCUAACCAGCACGAUGCCCGUCAUCAUAACAGCGUGUCAGAGGGUCGCAACGGCCAGCCCCAACUGGGUGGAAAGAUGCCCAUCUCCCAAGUCAUUACCCCGCCUGACAGCUACAUCAGCUCCGACAAUCCAGAGGCUGACGCUGCCAUCACUUGCGGCAACUGCUCGCCAAACGGGCGCUGCGCCUGUGCCGAGCAAGUACUGGCUUCGGCGGCCUCUGGCUGCGGCAAAUGCGGGUUCGGCCUACCGUGUCAAUGCUUGGACGACUUCGUCAUCGGCCAAGGACAGGAUCAGAAGCGGCCGAGCUCGCCAACGGCUCUGUCGCCUGGUGGCAAGCGACAAAGAUCAGUCGCGGUUGCCAAGCCAGCCACCGAGACCGACUUCACCGCCAUCUUCUCCACAAGGUUCACGGCCUCCGCCAAGGCAUCGCAAUCCUCUCAUCCCCAAGCUUCUUCUUCCGGGAGCCAAAUCCCAUCCGGUGGAUCCGGAUCCGUCGCGUUCAAGGACAGCUGCGGUUUCUGCAAGGAUGGUACGUAUUGCGUCUGCGCUGAAGAUGCUGCUGGCAUGGCGACUCCUGCAUGGACCCCAACCGAGUCCAUGGCCAUUGCAUCUCACCAGACCCAAACCCCGCCUCCGUCAGAGCCCGACGUCCUGGCAGCUCCCCUAGCCAUGGAGAUGACCGCAGAAGGGGCUGUCAAGUUGCCUCGCAGGGUGGCAGGCAAAAGACCCGCCGCGACGUCAUCUUCGUCAAGAAGCAGCGGCUGUGGUGCCAAUGGUCCCGGAACCUGUGCUCAAUGCCAGGCUGAUCCGAAAUCCGGCCUCUUCUGCCGGCUGAUGAAUGCCAAGUACAGUCGCGAGCAAGGCAUCUCGUCCGGGGGUUGCUGCGGAGGCAAAGGUGCCAGUGGUGGCUGUUGCAAGUCAAAGGCCCAGCCCGAGAAGAUAACUCUCCCCAGCCUACCUAGCCUGGGACUCAGCUGCGCAGAAGCAUACCAAACUCUUUCUAGCCACAAGAACUUUUCCCGGGCGGCGGAUGAUAUCUCGUCAUGGCUACCGAAGCUGAAAGCCACCACCCAGGACGCUAGCCGAGGGCUAGUUACCGGAAGACAUGCAAUCGAGGUUGAAGCCGCGAGCAUCAUGAGUGUGCUGAAAGAGUUUGACAUUCGCUUUGGCCGAGACGCUUGA